AUGAUUCGAGAAAAUGAAUCAUUGGAACAUUCAUCGAUUACACAACAACAACAACAACAACAACAGCCAGAACAAGAAGAAGAAGAAAUUGUUAUGAAAAAAUCCACAUUAAUCACUGAUGGCCAAUAUUAUGAUCUAGAUUCCAUAUCAAACGAUCUAUUCGAUAAUAUAUUCGAACAUUUAUGUUUGGGCGUUUAUUUUGAUUUUUAUAAAUCACAUAAAUUAAAUUCCAUACGACUUAGAGAAUAUUCCAAUCCAAAUGAUGAUAUUGAUUCAAAAGUUUAUGAAAACACAAAAUUGGACAUAUUUGGUCAUUCAGUGAAUGGUAUUAAAAAACUUGAAUGUGCUUGUCCAAAUUGCUCACGAACAUGUGCCGCAUUUCGUUUGGCACCACAUCUGGAAAAAUGUCUCGGCAUGGGACGUAAUAGUAGUAGAUUAGCAUCAAAAAGAAUUGCAUUGGUCAUAAAAAAUUCCAAUGGAACGAAUAGUGAAUGACAACAACAACUACACAUUUUAGAGCUGGUUUUUUGUGUGUUUAGGUGUUGUAAAUAUAUCUAGACUCAAAUUUUUUUUUCUUCUAAUAUUCUGGUCGGUUAAUAAUUAUUUUUCAUCGGAAAUUUUUCUUUGUAAAAUUUUUUUUUAUUUGUUACACACACCAAUAUAAAAACAAAUUGAAAAUUUUUGCAUAUCUUAUUUGCUACAUUCGUUCACCAAUACUACUACUACCACUACUUAUAAAUACAUUAUAAUUGCAUGAAAAUUUUAUGAAAACCAAAAUUAUUA